AUGUUUAAAUCACUGACAAUGAAAUCCAACAAGGUGAUGCCAGGAGGAGGGAAUGAAGAAAAUAAACAAGGCUUCAAUCCAGGAAAUCAGUCUCAGCCAUCCUGGAGACAGGAAGAAAAUGAAAAUGAAAAGAAAUACCUCAAAGUCAAGAUGAAUCAAGUCACAUUUGCUGAGUCACACACCGAAGUACAAGACAAAGUUGAUGAGAAAGAUUCUCUCAAAGAUAUGACCACAAACCCUAACGCUCAAAAUGUAGCAGAAUCAACCAAAACAAUUCCAGAGAAGGAAAUACAGACUGCUGCAGAAGAAAUCAUCAGUUCAAAGGGAGAGGCACAUGGAGCCACUGUGAUAAAUGAUUAUGCUGAUGCCCAGCUCCACAGUCUGGUGAAAAGAAUGCGUCAAAGGACAGCCCUCUACAAAAGAAAGUUGGUAGAAGGAGACAUAUCCUCACCUGAAGCCAGCCCCCAAACUGCAAAACCCACAGCUCCAUCGUCAACACAAGAAAGCAGAGCUCAACAAAAAGAAGAACAUUACCACAACUUACUUUGCUGUAAAUUCAGGAAGAUGCAGCUAAUGAACUAUCUAAAGAAAAUUCAACUUCCACGAAGCAUAGAUUCGUACACAGAUCGAGUCUAUCUCCUAUGGCUCCUACUUGUCUCGUUGGCCUAUAACUGGAACUGCUGGCUUAUACCGCUGCGCCUCGUCUUUCCAUACCAAACACCGGACAACACCUACUACUGGCUUAUUCCAGACAUAUUAUGUGAUAUCAUCUAUCUUUGUGACGUGCUAUUAAUCCAGCCCAGACUCCAGUUUAUAAGAGGAGGAGACAUCAUAGUGGACUCAAAUGAGCUAAAGAGACACUACAGGAGUUCUACAAAGUUUCAGUUGGAUGUAUCAUCAAUAAUGCCUUUAGAUGUUUUCUAUCUCCUUUUUGGAUUUAAUCCAAUAUUUAGGACAAAUAGGAUGCUAAAGUACACUUCAUUUUUUGAAUUUAACCAUCACCUAGAGUCUAUAAUGGAUAAAGCAUAUAUUUACAGAGUCAUUCGAACAACUGGAUACUUGCUGUUUACUCUCCACAUUAACGCCUGUAUUUAUUACUGGGCUUCGAACUACGAAGGAAUUGGCAGUACUAAAUGGGUGUAUAAUGGAGAAGGGAACAAGUAUCUGAGAUGUUACUAUUGGGCAGUGCGAUCUUUAAUUACCAUUGGCGGUCUUCCAGACCCACAAACUUCAUUUGAAAUUGUUUUUCAACUGUUGAAUUUUUUUCUGGGAGUUUUUGUAUUCUCCAGUUUAAUUGGUCAGAUGAGAGACGUAAUUGGGGCAGCUACGGCCAAUCAGAACAACUUCCGUGUCUGCAUGGAUCAGACCAUUGAUUACAUGAACACUUAUUCCAUUCCUAAGAGCGUACAGAAUCGGGUUCGAACUUGGUAUGAAUACACAUGGGCUUCUCAAAGAAUGCUAGAUGAAUCUGAUCUGCUUGACAACUUGCCAACUACAAUGCAGUUAUCCCUCGCCAUUGAUAUGAACUUCAACAUCAUCAGCAAAGUCGAUUUGUUCAAGGGUUGUGAUACACAGAUGAUACAUGACAUGUUGCUUAGACUGAAACCCACUCUCUAUUUACCUGGUGACUUUGUCUGCAAAAAGGGAGAAAUUGGCAAGGAAAUGUACAUCAUCAAACAAGGAGAAGUUCAAGUGCUCGGAGGCUCUGAUGGUACCCAAGUUCUGGUGACGCUGAAAGCUGGGGCAGUAUUUGGAGAAAUCAGCCUUUUAGCAGCAAAAGGAGGAAACCGUCGAACUGCCAAUGUGGUGGCACAUGGGUUUGCCAAUCUUUUAACUCUAGAUAAAAAGACCCUCCAAGAAAUUCUAGUGCAUUAUCCUGACUCUGAAAAGCUCCUCAUGAAAAAAGCCAGAGUGCUUCUGAAAAAGAAGGGUACAGCUGCAGAGGCGAGUCCUCCAAGGAAAGGGCUGGCCUUUCUCUUCCCUCCCAAACAAGAAACACCCAAAAUAUUUAAAGCUCUCCCCGGAGGCAAAGCAAGUCUGGCAAAGCUACUCAAGCUGAAAAGAGAACAAGCUAUUCAGAAAAAAAGUGAAGACUCAGAAGGAGAAGAAGGUGAAGAAAAGGAAAAGGAAGUUAAAGGAAGAGAGCCAGCAGAGAAACCAGCGGAAAGAGCCAAAUGUGAAACAAAUUCAACUAUAGCAGAGGGAACACCCCAGUUCAUUAGAAAUGCCGGUUUACCCAGAGGAAAUACUCAUCAGUCACUCAUUAUUAGCAUGGCCCCAUCCACAGAGCCUGGGGAAGAGGUGCUGAGGGUGGAAGUCAAGGAUAAGCAAUAAAUGUUUGAUUAUCUUUAGAUGUAACCCAGCAAGCUCCCAAAGAGAUUGUACCCAGGAUUAUAGCUUAAAUUAAUGAGGGGGAAAGAUUUUGCGGGGACCCUUGAGAAAUCCAGGAAAAUCACUAGCUUAGCUUCUAGGACUUAUCUGAGAAAGCGAUCUUAUGCAGUGGUAAUAAGAUUA